CUGAAUGCUAUAAAGUAGCUAUUUUCAAUUUAUGCUAGGAGAAACGUUUUGCUUGCCCUCUCUUGAUUUUUCAAACAGGAAAUGUCCUCCUUUUCAUUAUUAACCUCUUCACCAUGUAAUCUAUGAUAAACUCUAUUUUAUGACGAAUGACUCAGCACCUAGUCGUAAGUGAAGUUCUUUUCUCAUUGUCACGAUCCCACUACACUUUCAUACUACCAAACCCUAAGUUUCAUGUUAUGUGAUUGGCCAUUGCCUCAGGACAAAUGCGUCAAUACAGUGAAUGUGUGUGAAAAAACGGGUGAUUGAUGUAAAUAAUCAUUCAAGGAAAAAAUUCAAUACAAUUUGUUUGUAAUUUGCUAGACAACCUGAGUUUCAAUUGUCCAAUAAACAUUAUUCACAUAUAUUUACAUCUAGCAUGUACUAGUGAUGACAAAGUCCUCUAAAAUAAACUCACAGCAAAGUAAUGGGAGAAAACAACGGGCCAUAAUAUAAUUCUAAUUGUAAAAUGAGUGCAAAUAGGCAAAUUAUUUGGCCAUUGUGAUUUUCUCAUAAAUUAUUAAAAGCAAUUGCAUAAUUUAGAACAGAAACUCGUCUUUACGAUGAUCAAUGUUUUUAAAGACGGUUUCGAAUGGUGAAGAGUAAACGUAAAAUCGUUUUAUCUUGAUCAUCUGAAAUGAAUACACGCACAGACCAUGACCCAUACUGUAUCAAGAUAAAAACUUACAAUUUCAUGGACGCUGUUGAUCCAAGAGCUACAUAUUUUAACGUUUCCUUGGUGACCUGAAGCAAAUAUAACCAGAUACAUAGGAUGGAGAAACCAAGUUUGAAAAAAAUACUAAUAAGGCUAGGCGUGUUUAUUUCAUACUGUCUGGUCGGGGCUGCAGUCUUCCAGUUGGUUGAGAAAGAAAAUCAGCAAAAGUUGCAAGACCGAUAUCGCCGCUCGUUGGACAAAUUCAUGGCCAGAUUCAACAUAAGCAAAGUUGAUAUGAACCAACUCGAAGAACUAAUCUUGAAAAGUGGAAAACAGUCAAUUGCAACCAAUUGGAGCUUCUCAAGUGCUGUUUUUUUUGCAGGGUCGACGCUACUAACAGUUGGAUACGGCAACAUUACACCAAAGACAACGGCAGGACAAGCAUUCUGCCUCGUAUUUGCUAUUAUUGGCAUACCCAUAGCUUGCCUUGCUUUGAAGUCUUUAGGAGAGAGAAUAACAGUCACGUUAAUAUCAUUUACCAGAUGGAUACAUACCAUAGUUUAUAAAGAUAGACAACGCGUCAAUUCUGUUCACCUUAAAGUCACUAUUUUCACCUUUUUUGUUACCCUCGCUGCAAUCCUCCUGUUAGCAGGAAUGGCUAAAUUAAAGCGAGAUGAGUGGACCUACUUUGAAUGCAUAUACUUUGCCAUUAUCACUUUUACAACAAUUGGCUUCGGUGAUUAUAUACCAGUCUACGAAGACAAUUUUUCAGAAUUCGAUAUAGUCUCAUUGACACUGGGGGUUUUAGCAGGGUUUACUCUGGUAUCAAGUCUUCUCUGUUCAGUGUCGAAUAUGAUUGAGGAGCACAGUGCUUCUAUGAUAGAAAAGGCAAGAAAAACAAUUAACAGACGCAGAGGCAAAAGCAAGGACUCAAAGGGAACAACCUCUGAUACUGAAAUAAAUUACCAGGGACCACUUGACGGCAUACCUGGCAAAUUUAUUCAUUUUGUUGAAGGGAAAAAUGAAGUCGCUGCUUUGCCUGAAGAGCAUCCGAACGGUUAGAGAAGACAUGUUGAAGUGUCCGAUAGAGUCACGUCGCCCCUUAUGGAACGAUUUCAGCAACUAUUGUUUUCCUCAGCUUUUUAGUACUUCCAAGUAAAACCAGCGUACUACGAACACAUUAUUUGUUGUAUAGUCUACAUGCUUGCGUAAAGACAGUCUUAUCGGCUUUUCUCUUUUUCUACAGGAGCAACAUUACUAUAGGCCAUUUUUCUUCGUGAAAAACUUAGGCCUUCCUCUUUAGUCGUUCCCCUUAUAUUAUGGAGCGACUCAAUUUGAGGCAGACAAAAAAGCGCACAACGGAGAAAAACCGGGAAUUAUCAUCAUCUUCGUUUGGAAGGGGGGCGGGUUCUACGACGUAGGCUAUCGAAGAAGCCACUAGACGUGCUUCCGAUAACCCCCUUGAAUGAAAGUCGUGCAAGCUAUUGUUUGGGUUCUAAUAAUUAUUCAUUUUUGAGAGAUGAAGAAACAGGUUUGUUUUGUUUUAGCUUAAAAACGACCGAGGAUAUGGCCAAGAAAGUUGACGUGCAGGAAAAAAAGAAGAGUCGAAAGUCUAAUGACAACUUUUUCAGUAACAUCUAGCUUACUUUUAAAAGAUUCUCCUAGCUUUUAUGAACAAAAUGAAACAACGAAAAUUAGCAAAAAGUACAAGUAAUGUCGUCAGCAAAAUAAUUUCGCGGUUUGAAAAUAAACAAAACCCAAACUUCAUUUAUAUUAAUAUUUUAUCAUUGAACAGUCAGAAUUCAUGAAGAAAUCGAACCGUUCCAUACGGUGCUACGUGACUCUACAAGAACGAAUGGUGGAGCAAUGAUUUGAUCUGAAGUUGUGCAAACGAGAUAAAUACGAGGUGGACUUGAAGAAAACGCUAAGUGAGUCCCAAGUGCACGCAGAGUGAAUCCCAAGUGAACGCAGAAUGAAUCCCAAGUGAACGCUAAGUGAACCCCAAUUGAACGCAGAGUGAAUCCUUAUUGAACGCUAAGUGGAUCCCAAGUGAACGCUAAGUGGAUCCCAAGUGAACGCAGAGUGAAUCCAAAGUGAACUCGUAGUGACAGCAAAGUGAGCGCGCAAACUAAACUCUAUCUGAACGCCCAGUGAACUGUUUGUGAACCCCAAGUGAGCGCCAAAUGAACCCGAAGAGAUGACAAGUGAUUAACUUAUAUAGAACCUGAGCACUGCAGGCAAGCUUAGAGCCUC